AUGGCGCCGGAGUCCCCUUCCCUCGUCGAUCCUGCCGCUGCCGAGGCGCAGCGCGCGCAGGACGCCGCCGACGCCAAGCAGCGCGCGGCAGACCAGGAGAAGGAGCGCCUGGCCCUUGCCGCGGCCGCCGCCGCUGCCGCCAAGGAGGCCGCCGCUGCCAAGGAACGCGUCCGCGCCGCUCUCGAGGCUCUUGAACUCGAGCGCCGCGCCGCUGCUGACCUUGAGCGCAAGGCGGCCGACGCCCACAAGCUGGCCAACCCGCCCACCCACCAUGACGGCGGCGCCGACGACGACUUCCACGACGCCGCCGCGUAUGAAGCCGCCAUCAUCGCCAAUCUUCAUGCACAAGCCGCCGGAGUCCAGAACAUCCGGACGUUGGUGCCCCUCGUCCUCGACCCCGGUUCGACGCACUAUGAUCGCUGGCGCGAUCUCGUCCUCCUCAUCCUCGAGCGCUAUGCCCUCUCCUCCCACGUCCUCAGCGAUGCUGCGCACCCCACCGUCCCGGCAUGGCGUCGUAUGGACGCCGUCGUCCUCUCGUGGCUCUUCGGCGCCGUCACCAUCGAGCUCAUGGAGACCGUGCGUACCCGCGGCAGCACGGCGCGCACGGCCUGGCUUGGCAUCGAGGCGCAAUUUCUCGGCAACCGCGAAUUCCGCGCCCUCCAACUCGAUGCCAAGUUCCGCAUCUUCACCCAAGGCGACCUCUCCAUCGGCGACUACUGCUCCAAGAUGAAGUCCAUGGCAGAUCAGCUCGGGGACCUCGGUGAAGUGGUCCAUGACCGCACUCUCGUUCUCAAUGUCCUUCGGGGCUUGAACGAGCGGUACGCGCACAUGCGCAUCCACUUCCGCCGCACCAACCCGUUCCCCUGCUUCCGCGACGUCCGCAACGACCUUCUCCUCGAGGAGCUCUCCGUCGAUGCGCCGGCCUCUGCUCCACCCACCGCCCUCCUCAUCUCGACCACCAAGGGUGCGUCCGUGGGCGAUUCCUCGCGCGGCCCCGCGGCCCCCUCCAGCGGUGGCUUUGGUCGCGGCUCCAGCGGUGGCUCCGGCGGCUCGGCCAACACAGGAACAGGCGGCGGCGGCAACAGGCGACGGCGGCGCAAGGGGCAAGGGCAGGCGCAGGCGCAGGCGCCUUGGCCAUCGAUCUACAAUCCCUGGACGGGUCAGAUCACGAUGUGGCCUGGCACAUCCGCGGGCCAACAGCAGCAACGUGGACCGGCGGCCCACCAACAGCAGCGUGGCAAUGGGCCGCAGCAGGCCACCUUCCAUCCGGCCUUGCUCGCCGCCCUUCAGCCGCAGCAAGCCCUCUUCCAGCAGCAGACCCAGCAGUAA